AUGUCUGGAAAAGGAGCUCAGGAGAUUGCAUUUAGAUCCGCAAUUGGAGCCUGUAAUUCAGGCUCCGAUCUGCGUGUCUACAUGCAGGAUGUGAUGGGCAAUAUCCGUGAGUCAGUAUACGAUGGCUCAUGGAGCAACGGAACGGAGAAGAACACCAUUGCGUCUGCGAAGCUCGGCUCUCCUAUUGCCGUUGCCUCAAAAGAACUGAAGAAUAUUCGAGUCUACUAUCUGUCUACCGAUAACAUGAUGAAGGAGGCUGCCUAUGACCACUCCAAGGGGUGGUAUGAGGGCGCCAUGAACAAAAGUCGGAUGAUGGUCGCUCCUUACUCCAAGAUCGCAGCUUGCUUUCUCGAGGGAUCCGACAUGACGAUGCGGGUUUAUUGCCAGAUGACCGAUAACACCAUCCAGGAGAUGGGCUGGAACGGUGACAAUUCUGGCUGGAAAAAGAUGCAAAACCUUGGAGCCGCCAUGCCCGGAUCCGAGAUUGCCUGCACGUCCUUCAAGACUUCGGAGAUGGGCACCCGGGUCUACUUCCAGGAUACCCACAACGGAAUGGUAGAAAUGUGCUAUGACCACAACAACGGCUGGUACAACGGCGCCCUGAAAAUGGCUCAUAUGCUGCCCCGGGCCGCCAUGGCGUGCACUAGCUUCAUGAUGAGCUCGAACACUCUUGCAAUUCGUUUGUUCUAUGCCACCCCUACCCAGGUCCGCGAGAUGGUCUGGGAUGGCAAGAAAUGGCAUGACGGCAAUUUCCACGUCGACUGCAUCCCUGGCACGGAAAUCGCCGCUAUUAGCUGGGGCCACGGCAAUAACCUCAAUAUGAGGGUUUACUUCCAGAAGGGGGAGCUGGUCUCGGGGGUUUCGGAGUGGAUGUGGAGUCAGGGGAAUUGGAAGGCUGGCAAGUUGGCUAUUCCUCCGGCUUGA